AUGAGCAAAGACUCUUCCCCAACGCACAUCCACAUGCACCAUCCCCGUCUAGCAGACUACUUUGAAGACUUCACGCGACCACAUACAAGCCAUACUGCCUCGCUGGCCUCGUCAUCCUCACAACACAUUUACCACAAUCAUACCGUGACCUAUGGGUCAUCCUCGCCAGCGUUGAUACCCAGUUUCCUGCCGAUCGAGGAGAUCUAUCUCCCACAACAGUACCAGCCGCCGAACCCAGAAGACGAGGACGAUGUUGUUCCUGACCAGCACGCGGCAUUUGGAAUUACGAGAGCAAUGGACCGGCGUAGAGAGCCGGUCUGGAGGGAUCUGGGGCUUGAAGGUUUAGUCGCGAGUGGGGGGGUCGGUGCGGUAGGCAAGGGAAACGGAACGGCAAGAGUGAGGAUCAAAGAUUCUGGGAGGUUGAUGGGAGGCAAGAGGAUUGUCUGUUUGCGGUGA